CGCACUCUCUUGUCAGCGCACCACCUGAGGAGGCAUGACCCGCUGUAAUGGGCAUUUGCCUGGACACAGAGCCGCGGCCUGGCUCUGAAACUUCUUUCGAAGAGCGUCGAAAGGGCUUUGCGGAGGAAGACGAGGAAGAGGAGGAGCCUCGAUUUGUCAGCAGACGUGCCAUCAGACAGGGACCAAACACGGCUGUCAAAUUUGAGCCACCCAAUGUUCCAGUCAUUUUUAUCCUGGGUGGGCCUGGGAGCGGGAAAGUAACACACUGCGAUGCCCUGGCCUCGGAGAAAAGAGGAUUUGUCCACAUCAACAUGACUGACUUGCUCCAACAGUUUGCAGUAGGCAAUGAACUUUCAGACUUCAGCCAACUGCCGAGCACGGCUGUGACAGAGGUUUUGAUGCUGGAGAUGAAAAUGGCAGCAAGUGCCAAAGUUUAUUUAGUGUCCGGAUUUCCACGAAGCAUGCGGGACAUGGCUGAGUAUUCGGACAAGAUUCAAGUUUUAAAUGGUGCCGUUUUACUAAGUUGGCGCCAAAAGGUGUUGGCCCGUCAGGUUGAAUACGGCGCCAAGCUGGGCCACGUGGUUCUUUCCCUGGCAACAAUGGAACUUCGGAACUUUUAUAGGAGUGUGAUGCCCGUUGCAGAUUAUCUCGACCAAAGGGGCCACCUUAUGGUUGUGGACGGCGAACGGAACCCUGAGGAGGUGUACCGCGAUUUCAAGGAGACCGUCAUGCAGCUGCUGACACCAAAAAACAGUCAGCCAGGUCAAAUCACCGAGGCCAGAGUGGCUGCUGUCAUCGAAACGCCCUCUUUGGGCCCAGGGCAGAUGGUUCCGUACCCUGAUCGGAUGAGCGCACCCGUCCAACCUUUCCCGAUGCCCCCGACCGUCUUCAUAAUCGGAGGUCCUGGUAGCAACAAAACGGCCCUUUGCCAGCGGGCGCUCAGGAGGACGCCAGGGUGGGGUUUGGUCAGUCUCGGAAGGCAACUCAGGGCAGCUGCCGGAGGGUCGUCAGCGCCAGCCAAUCCAGGCCAGCAGCAACUCAGGGAUAAUAUUGCUGCUGGAGAAAUGGCAAUGCAGACGGUGGUGCUAGCAUUGCUGGGAGAACAAAUGUCGGUGCAGGCUGGAGCGCGUGGUCUACUUAUCGCCGGCUUCCCAAGAGACCUGCAGCAGCUCAGAGCUUUUGAAGCAAGGUACAACCAGCGUCCGGCAGCAAUUUUAUUGGACUGCUCGAAACUGCAGUUGGGCAGAGGUCGUUUGGACGACUCGGUGUCCGCGUUCAGGAGACGCCUGGAGCUCUUCAGAGAACUCACCCUGCCACUGCUCAAGAAACUCGACCAAGAGAAUCGUCUCACAAUUGUUGAUGGAGACACAGACAGUGCGGCUGUUCUUGAGGACUUCUGCGCCGUUUUGGCUGGUUUGAUGAGCAAAGCAGAAUCGGCAGCCACAAUGAACGGCGCGCCAAACGUUGCUGUGGGUGCCGGCGCCGAAUUUAUGGCUGCCACGACCGGAGCGGAAUUCCAUCAGGCUCUUUUUCAAGAUUUGAAUUCGCGAAAUGACGUUGCGGGACCGGUGCAGUUGAACGGGGCCGUUCGGAAUGGGACGGUUUCGGACACAUUCAGCAACGGCGGUCUUUUAGGCGCAAGGAGGCCUUCCAGAGACUCGAUCAGGAAAAUGUUCGCCGAAGUUGAAGAAUUUGGCGCUGCUUAAAAUUAGACAGGACAAAAAAAAUUGCACAAAACCCUGACGUGUUAUAAUAUUGGAUUUUUAUUUUAUUUUUUAAUUCGGUACCAUAGAAGUAUUGAUGAGAAUUUCGUCAAAUUUAAAAUUAGCACCCAUGUUAAAUUAUAUUCACAAAUGGUAAAAAUACAUUACAAGGCAGGCUUUGUAACGGAGAUGGAUUUUAAAUAUUCAGCGGAUUUUUGUGCUUUUUCUGCUGACUUUUUAGAGAGUUGAUGUUCCUAUAGAAGAUCA